AAAAAAAAUUAUUUAAGUGGCAUACCAGUGAAGUUCCCCAAACAGACAUUUCAAUUCUUAAGACAGCGCUAGGUCGCUUGCUGUCUGAAUCAGGAAUAUGACUGGACAUUUGUUACUUCAUUUAAUUUUUCAAGCUGUUCUGCUGUAUGUUGCUUUGGGAUGGGAAGUGAAAAUGCCAAAGGAGAUUCACGGUCUCAAAGGUUCCUGUCUGGUCAUACCAUGCGCUUUCAGCUACACAUCAAACCCACCAACAAACCCAACUAGAGUUGUGUGGUAUCAGUACGUCUCUAAAGGUUAUCCUUUAGUUUAUGAUCCAUGGUAUCCAAAUGAUGUCAUUAAGAAAUUUAGAGGAAAUACUGAUUUAUAUGGAAACUCAAGUUGGGAUUGCAGUCUGUUGAUCAAAAACCUGGAAUCAUCUCAUCAUGGAGAGAAAAUAUACACAUGGAUUGACCCUGAAAAUAUUGGAAAGGGCACCUAUGCUUUUUAUGAUGUCACUUGUACAAUUCUAGUUGACGCCGUUCCACAGCAGCCCAGCAUCGAUAUUUACGGAGGUGAAAGGACGGGUGACGCCAUCACAGUAGUGUGUUCAACUUUCCACACGUGUCCACACAGGCAACCAACCAUCACUCUGAACGGUAUAGACGGAUCUGAUCAAAUAGAGAACAAGCAUUUUAAAGACGGCCUGUGGAAAACCACUCUGACACGCACAGGUGUCGUAAAGACAGAAAACUCGAUCAAUGAGUGUUCUGUAUUGUACCAUGGAGGCAUAACAGUGACGGCCACAAAAGACAAAAAUGCACAGUCCCCUGCCUACAAAGACGCAGACUCGAUACACAUUGGACUGAACACUAUUGGGCUUUACAUGCUAACUCCGACAAUUGUAUUUCUCCUCUCCUGCAUAACCGCCGCUUUCAUAUACAAGAAACGCCACCGACAGCAUCUCAAUGAUCUGCGAGAGUCAGUAACACCAUUUGAAAAUAGGAGAUCGCAUUGGAAUAGAUUUUCAAGGCACUUCAGUAGGUCUGAGGGAAGAGCAGGUUGGAGUAACGGGAAAAACAGGACUGAAAUCAGUGACAAAAAACAAGAGACAGAAAACAAGCCUUUCUCCAAACCUUUUAUGCCAUCACCAAAGAGUGAGCCAAAGUCCUUCUCGGAUCAUGAUUCUGAAGCUGAAUACACCAACAUGGGUGAACUCAACAUGUAUGGAAACAUCUGAUGAUAAUGAACAGCACAAAGUUCAACUGUGUCGAAUGCUAAAAAUAAAUAAAUACUGUACAUCACA